ACGCUUCGAAAUUUACAGUAUCAAAGCUACGUUAUACACACUUUUGGCAGUUCCAUUUCAUUCCACUACCACCCAAGAAACAAUAAAUUAUUAUUUUUAUUUAGUGUUAAAUUUGUUUCUUGAGAAAAGAGAAGAUUUGGAGAAAUAAGAAAGGAGCGUAAAGAAAAUAGAAAAAGAGCGCACUUUUAUUAGUAUAGAGACUAGAGAGGCUGGGGCAUCAACAUAUUCAAUGCUUUUACCAAACUCUCACCUCUUCUUCUAGUCACAAGACCAACACCACCACCACCACCACUAACCCUUCUUCUUCAUCUCUUUCUCUCUUCCUUCACCGACAUCUCCUCUAAACUCCUCUCUCACUCCUCAGGAAAUGGAAAGUGUUGAACUUUCGUUGACGAACAUGGAGACGGCCGUCAGCGCUGACGGAGCUCAGAAUGGCGACGAUUUCUCCGUUGACGACUUGCUUGACUUCUCAUCAAACGACGACGUUUUCUUUGAGGAUGGCGCUGAACUGGAAACACAACGUCAUAAAGGAGUCUCUGUUUCGUUAAAUGACGAAACUACCCUUAAACGGAGCAACGACUUCUCUACCCCCUGUGAGCUCGCCGUUCCGACGGAUGAUUUGGCGGAACUGGAAUGGUUAUCCAACUUCGUAGACGACUCCUUCACACCGUACUCAGCUCCCACGAAGAAACCGGUUUGGUUAACCGGAGACAGGAGACACCCUUUAACUCCGGUUAACGCGGGGUCCUGCUUCAAAGCCCCUCUCCCGGUUAAAAUCAGAACCAAACGACCAAGAACCGGAGUCAGUUUAUGGUUUUCUCGUUCUCCGUCGUUAACCAACUCCUCUUCGAGCUCUGCAACCUCCUCCUCCUCUUCUGGUCAUUCAAGCCCUCUAUGGCUCUCCGCCUCUGAGUUUCUCGACGAGAAAGCGGUUAAGAGACAAAAGAAGAAGAAACAGUUCUCGUCGUUGGAGGUUCAGUCGCAGACGCGGCGGUGUAGCCACUGUGGCGUUCAGAAAACGCCGCAGUGGAGAGCAGGACCCUUGGGAGCGAAGACGCUGUGCAAUGCGUGUGGUGUGCGUUUUAAGUCGGGUCGGUUAUUGCCCGAGUAUAGACCCGCUUGUAGCCCAACUUUCUCGAGUGAGCUCCACUCGAACCACCACCGUAAAGUCAUUGAGAUGCGUCAGAAGAAGGAGAUGUCCGGCGAUGCUGAUGAACCCGGUAUGAACCGGACGGUUCAGGCUGUGCAGAGCUUUUGAAGAUAUUAGGGAUCCGACCCGGUUAACUCUUAGCAUUAUUAACUGCUUUGAAAAUGUUUUUACUUGAAUUUUGUUUUGUUUUAAGUAACUGGUAAUGUUUUAAAACUUCAAAUCUCAUAUAUUUUUCGUUUCGCGUUA